GACGCAUUUCGUCGCAGGACAUUGACGUCACAGAGUCGGAUUUUGUGUCGAGGCGGGUCAGAAGCUUCUCGAAGAGUCUGUGAACUGAGGUGUGAUCUGGAUUCAAACUACAGGCUUCAUACAAGGUUAUCCAUCAAAGUCAAACAUGGUUAAGGAAACAGGCUACUAUGAUACACUGGGUGUGAAACCUACUGCUACUCCCGACGAACUGAAAAGGGCCUACCGCAAACUGGCUUUGAAAUAUCACCCUGACAAAAAUCCCACAGAAGGAGAGAAGUUCAAGCAGAUCUCACAGGCUUAUGAGGUUUUGUCAGAUGCCAAGAAGAGAGAGGUCUAUGACCGUGGAGGUGAAAAGGCUAUAAAGGAAGGAGGGACUGGCGGCGGUGGUGGGGGCUUUGCAUCACCCAUGGACAUCUUUGACUUAUUUUUUGGAGGAGGUAGUCGGAUGCACAGAGAGCGAAAAGGGAAGAACAUAGUUCAUCAGAUCACAGUGACGCUUGAAGAUCUUUAUAACGGAGCAACAAGAAAACUCGCCCUCCAGAAGAAUAUUAUUUGUGAGAGAUGUGAAGGUCGUGGGAGUCGGAAAGGAGCUGCACAGAUGUGCAUGUCUUGCCAUGGCACAGGCAUGCAGGUCCGCAUGCACCAGCUAGUGCCAGGUAUGGUGCAGCAAGUGUCCACAGUGUGCCACAGCUGUCAGGGCCAAGGGCAGAGAAUCAGCCACAAGGACCGCUGCAAAGCGUGCGGGGGUCGAAAGAUCCUGCGCCAGAAGAAGAUUUUGGAGGUGCACAUCGACAAAGGAAUGAGAGAUGGCCAGAAGAUUGUUUUCCAUGGAGAGGGAGACCAGGAGCCAGGAAUUGAGCCAGGUGAUAUCAUCAUUGUCUUGGACCAGAGAGAACAUCCACGUUUCACCAGGAAAGGAGAGGACCUGAUCAUGUCGAUGGACUUACAGCUGGUUGAAGCUUUGUGUGGUUUCAAGAAGCCUGUUCAGACACUGGACAACAGAACUCUGCUCAUCACCUCACAUCCAGGAGAACUGAUCAAGCCUGGGGACACCAAGUGCGUCUUGAAUGAAGGGAUGCCCAUGUACCGCAGACCGUUUGAGAAGGGACGCCUUAUUAUUCACUUCUCGGUGGUGUUCCCUCAAGCUAACUUCCUUUCCAAGGACAAGCUGAAGUUGCUGGAAGGCUACCUCCCAGAAAAGCUGGCUGCAGAGCAGCCCGACAGUAUGGACGAUGACCUCUACAUCUACGCCGACCUGGAGGACUGUGACCUCGAGAACAGAAGAAGACACCACCAUCAUCAGUACUACUACAUGGAUGAAGACGACUACGCCAGCACGGGUGGCGUUCAGUGUCAGACGUCUUAAGUAACAACCAGCCCGUUGUUACUCCAGAAGACCAUCUCUACAGCGAAGCACCUUUUUUGGAAGUUUGUGCACAUUUAUUUAAUUUACUUCUCAUAACUGCGUUUUCUGUCAAACUGAAUCAGUGUCCCAAUGCCUUCUUGAUUUAUUACUAAAAUUCUCUUUGGAUGGAGUAGAGUAUCAUGUAGUUCCAGGAUUAAACUUGGAUCCGGGUGAAUGGGAUUCCUCUUCAUCUCUGGGACCUUAUUUUAUUUUUAUUUUAUUUUUUUCAGUCACACUGUGAGUAGAGACGAGGGGUAUCACAGACGCUUCAGACAAACUGUUCUCUGAAACAAAGACUGCCUGCUUUUUAUGCAUUUACAAUGAAACGGAUGCCAAUAUUAAUAUGAAAAUAACCUUUUUUAUAGUGAUACUAAAUCAGCUGUUGUUGUGAACCACUUGUUGAUGACUUGUUCAGUCCGUUGUGUGUGCGUGUGUGCGUGUGUAAAGACCCAAUCUUAAGAUGGUGGUGGAGAGCAGAGGUGCAUUGAGCCUUGAGUUGAAACAUUUAUGCUGUUUAACCCUUUAAAGGGCUAUUUCUCAGACAUUUCUUAACAAUGUUAUAAAUGUGGCGUGAGCUGGGAGUACAGGUGACAACGAUUCAGGCAUGGCAGUAUUCAGCUUCAAGCCACUAAUGUAGAAUAUUCAAACUAAUAUUUAAGCCUACUUCAAUAUUUCUGAGCUGCAAUCAGUCGUCUGUGGCAACGCCGUGCAUUUGUGUUUUUGGAACCUUGUGUGGAAAGUGGAACAUCUUGUGCAUAACUACAGUUUGAUGUGAAAAUGACUGCAUAUUAAUGGCAGGGUCGGUGUUCAGAAACAAGAUGUCAAAGAUGAACAAGAAGAAGAAAAAAAACAGCAGAUCGGGGGGGGGGUUCCAAGAAGCAGGUUAUCUUGAUAACUGAAAUUCAGAGUGGGUGUUUUUAUGUGGUUUGGGGUUCUACAUAGCAGAUAGUUAUCAAGAUAACUGGAUGAGUCUGCUUCUUAUCACAGGCCUUCAUAACAAAUGUUUUCCCUCCCUUAAAGAACUGUUAAGUGCCAAGUUGCACCCAAGUUUUACAAAAAAGUGAUUAAUGUCUUGGUUAUUUUUUCAUGGUUUUAAAUGUUCUUGAUUUCAAGCAUGUUGUUUUAUAAUACUUUGAAGAAUAAUUCAAUGUGGAUUUUACAAUUCUAAAUUUAAUUAAAGUAGCACGAUAAACUUGUCAAUUAAUUUUUGCUGACAAGAAAUUAAGUGUUUUUUUUUUGUUUUUCUUUUAAUCCUAUUUUUAGUCUUAAUUGUAAAUGCCAAAUGCGUCGGUGGGAGGUUAUGGAGGGACUUAAAAUCGGCACACCUGAUACCUCAUAGAAGUGUCUGCCUGUUUGAAAGCCUUAUCGUAACUAAAGCAACUUGAUAAUGUAGAGUUGUUGUUUUGUUUUUUUGUUUUGGUUAUUGUAAAACACAACUAUGCUCGCCAGAAGGGAGAUUCCUUAAAUUGUUUCACAGUUGUUCUUAAAGUGGAUGCAAAUUUAUGAGUACUCAUAAUAUCAAAGGAGCUCAACUCCAGUAAAUGUUGUCAGGUUUUUGACUGACUGUAUGUGUGUACGGACCAAUCAUCUAAUUGUUGAUGCUCAUGUUUUCUAAUUAAAUGCAGUUUGAUGGUCUCUCUAA